AAACCCUCUCCUAACCCUGGACGAUGCUGGGCCAAUUGUGCCUGGCUGUGAUACAGCCGGACGAUGCAGUGCCUUAGACCGCUGCACCACUCGGAAUGCCCAAACACAUUUUUUUAAAGGGUGACCCGCACUCGAAUGGAUCCGAGAACAAUUGAACCCGAAUGGGCCCAAUGACAACCAGACCUAGAGCCAAAUUUCGGGUUCAGUUGAACCCAUGAAGACCUCUACCCCCACACCAGUGGGUUGCCAGUGUUUUAUGUUUAAUAAUCAUGUUCGUGGCAGUGGAGAUGGUUGACACUGUCAGAAUCCCCCCAUGGAAUUUCCAGCGGCAGUUCAAUGAAGCCAUAGCCGAAGAACUCAACAAGAAAUUAGCCAAUAAGGUGGUUUACCAGGUUGGCCUCUGUAUCUGUUUGUAUGACAUCACAAAACUGGAGGAUUCCUACAUAUUCCCUGGCGAUGGAGCUUCCCACACCAAAGUCCACUUCAGGUAUGUUGUGUUCCACCCUUUCUUGGAUGAGAUUCUUGUUGGAAAGAUCAAAUACUGCAGUCAAGAAGGAGUACAUGUCAGCCUAGGAUUCUUUGAUGAUAUCGUCAUUCCCCCAGAGUCCCUACAGCAGCCUGCAAAAUUCGACGAAGCAGAGCAGGUGUGGGUGUGGGAGUAUGAGACGGACGAAGGGGCCCAUGACCUCUACAUGGACCAAGGUGAGGACAUCCGCUUCCGGGUCACAGAUGAAGUCUUCUUGGACACGUCGCCCACAGGCCCUUCUGCUGCAGCAACCAACACCCCUGCAGCUCCAGGAGCAGAGGAGGGUGGCCAGAAGAAAGAGGCCCCUUACACACUGCUAGGUACCAUUAGCGAGCCAGGCUUGGGCCUCCUGUCCUGGUGGAACAGCUAGCGAAAGGAGAGACCAUUACAGUAUAGAAAACGGGAGACAGAUGUCAAGUAUUCUUCCCAGCUGCUGGACAUGCACCUUCUUUUUGGACUCUUCUCAGUCACUCCUCCCAGGUUGUGACUUUAACACUGGAGAAACAUGCCUCCUGUGAAGUGUCCACAAGGCUAAUAGACACAGAACUGUGGGCUCAAGUAGAGGAGCCAGGAUUCCCAUAAUAGGAACUGCCCUAUCUGCCUUCAUAAUGGCAGACCCAAGGACAAGGGACCAGUAGCAAGGAUUUCUAAUAGAGCACAUAGGCCGGGGACAUGGAGAACUGUCUCACUUGCAAAGGUGUAGAUCCACUUCCCCCUGUAUAUUGUAAAUACUACCAGCAUAACUGUUAAUGUACCAGCAGUUACACCUGGUGCACAUGACUGUAAGAAAGACUGACUAAAGGCCCCCAAUUGGCCUAUUUAGUGUCACCAUGUAAGUCUGUGAGUGUUCAGUUGAACAAAUAAUGGAGUGAGUGUGCAUAAAUAUACAAAUGUGUGUUGUCUUUGUGACCAGUA